AUGGGAAAUUCAACAGAACAAUGGAGAAUGGCCAUAGGGACUUUCUGUGGAGGCAAGAACAAUCAGACAUUCCAUUCAUCACUCGUCAAAUCUCUAAGACAACUAGCAUUGAGACUUAAGCUCAUAAAACUGUUGCUGGUGAGAGCAGGAGUAGAGCGGAACCCGGGUCCACCAACCAAUGAUAAAUCAGAGGUAACGAAAGAAAUGUAUGAACUUGGUUGUAAAAUAAAAGCAUGUGACCAACAAACUGAGUUGAAAGAGCAGGCAGACCUCAUGUGCCAACUUGGACAAGAGUAUAUCAAGUCAGCAGAGACCUCUGAUAUCUGGUAUGAACACUACAUUUGGUCCUGUGCAUUAAACAAUGCAGCUAAAUGUCGAAUUAAGAAAUUGAUUAAAAAACAAACUGAUGGCACAAACACAGCUCUUGAAGAUGACUUGGAACACACUAACAAACAACUCCAGCUUAUAGAAAGUAACUUUGUGAAGAAAUGCCGAGCUGCAAACCAUAGCGAACUAUCUACAGAGGCUGCAACACAGAAGUAUACAGACACACUCGAAAAUAUACGAGAGUACUCAAACACCACUGUAAAUGAAAUCAUCAAAAAGUGCAUGGUAGUUGAUGAUGUCACCACAGAGAUGAAAGACAAAGAUGAAGACAACACAAUAAAAUACAGCAAGGUGUUUUAUAAUGGACUUACACAACAGCUUUUAGAUUUUUAUAAGUCUAUUAUCAAUGAUUGUAUUUCUGUUUUAGGACACCCUGAUUGCAAGUUUGCAUUCUUAGCACUUGGUUCCCUAUCCCGAAAAGAGGUCACUGCUUAUUCAGAUAUUGAGUGGGCAAUACUGUUUGAUCCCUUAGAUAGACCAGUCGAUCAAAUCAAAACACAAUUGCGUAUGAUAGCCUUUUACAUGCAUUUGAAGGUACUUAAUCUUGGGGAAACAUUGUUAAACUGCUUAGACAUACCUGUUCUGACAGAUUAUAACAAACACCUACCCCCUGACAUGAAAGACAAUGACUUUUAUGACAAAGCAACUACUCGGGGAAUUUCCUUUGAUGGGACACAACCUUGGGCUAGCAAAACAGCUAUUGGUAGAAAAACAGGAGAAGAUUCCAAUAAACCUCCCAGACUUGAACUUAUCAUGACUGUGGAUGAGAUGAGCAAGUUUCAGUUUACAGACGAAUCAAUAAAAGAGGGUUACCACCUAAGUGAUGUUCUCAUGACAUCAACACUCAUAAAUGGAGAAUUUGCCUUAUGGAAGGAAUACAAUGACAAAGUACAUUCCAUAUUAUCAUCACCAUCUAAAACUAAUCCAGACAUCACUAUAGGAAGAGAACGAGCAGUAAAAACACUGGAGAAAGACUUAGAAAAAUACAGUGAAAACCCCCUGUCAUCAGAAUCAUUCACACAGAAAAUGCAUACAAAGCAUGAUAUAUACAGAUUUGCUACAAUCACUAUAAAUAUUCUGAAAUUCAUGCAUGGUUGCACAUCAUUUGCUCCUCUAGAUGUGUUAGAGGAAUUGAGAAGGAAGGGUAUCCUUUCUGAAGGGGCGACAAAAGAUCUACAAAUCAUGGUUUGUAGUGUAAUAAACCUUAGACACAUGGUCUAUGGAAGGUAUAAGCAACAAAAGGAAUUCAUAUCAUUCUUACCAAGUGACUCUCAAGAUGAUGAAACAACAGAAGUGAUGCCAGUCAGAAGUUUUACAGCCAUAUUACGAUUUUUUAACACAUUCAUGCCCUGGUGUGAAUUCCUCAAAUCAAACUUGAAUGCAAGUGGAGCCUGGGCAUAUAGAGAGAGAUAUCUUGAGGGAAACAAUGAAGUGAUAGCGCAAUUAUAUGAGAACAUUUUUUUCUUCAAGAGGGCAAUGCAUGCUUAUCAAACAGAGUUAAAAACUCUUCAAUCCCUAGAUGCAGGAGAGCAUGAGGUGGAAAUAGCUUCCAUACAGGAUGCAAUAGGUUCACUUUAUAAGUCACAAGGGAAUUUCUCAGAUGCACUCUUAUAUCAUAAUAAAAGUCUGAAAAUAGGCAGAAACAUCAAUAGUGAAAGUGGGGUCUCUAGAUCACUUAACAACAUAGGUGUUGUGUAUAAUAACAUGGGAGAUCUGCCUAAAGCACUUGAAUAUCAUCAAGAAAGUCUGACAAUGGAAAGACUAAUACACAAAGACAGUCCCCACUCAGCUGUUGCAACCUCACUUAACAACAUAGGUAAUGUGUAUAUUAAGAUGGGAGAUCUGACUAAAGCACUUGAAUAUUAUCAAGAAAGUCUGACAAUGAGAAGACUAAUACACAAAGACAGUCCCCACCCAGAUGUUGCUGCAUCACUUAACAACAUAGGUCUUGUGUAUAUGGGAGAUCUGACUAAAGCACUUGAAUAUCAUCAACAAAGUCUGACAAUGUAUAGACUAAUACACAAAGACAGUCCCCACCCAGAUGUUGCUAGAUCACUUAACAACACAGGUAUUGUGUAUAAUGACAUGGGAGAUCUGACUAAAGCACUUGAAUAUCAUCAACAAAGUCUGAAAAUGUAUAGACUAAUACACAAAGACAGUCCCCACCCAGAUGUUGCUAGAUCACUUAACAACAUAGGUAUUGUGUAUAUUAAGAUUGGAGAACUGACUAAAGCACUUGAAUAUCAUCAACAAAGUCUGACAAUGUAUAGACUAAUACACAAAGACAGUCCCCAUCCAGAUGUUGCUAGAUCACUUACCAACAUAGGUAUUGUGUAUAAUGACAUGGGAGAUCUGACUAAAGCACUUGAGUAUCAUCAAGAUUGUCUGACAAUGUUAAGACUAAUACACAAAGACAGUCCCCACUCAGCUGUUGCAACCUCACUUAACAACAUAGGUCUUGUGUAUAUUAAGAUGGGAGAUCUGACUAAAGCACUUGAAUAUUAUCAAGAAAGUCUGACAAUGAAUAGACUAAUACACAAAGACAGUCCCCACUCAGCUGUUGCAACCUCACUUAACAACAUAGGUCUUGUGUAUAUUAAGAUGGGAGAUCUGACUAAAGCACUUGAAUAUUAUCAAGAAAGUCUGACAAUGAAUAGACUAAUACACAAAGACAGUCCCCAUCCAGAUGUUGCUGCAUCACUUAACAACAUAGGUCUUGUGUAUAUGGGAGAUCUGACUAAAGCACUUGAAUAUCAUCAACAAAGUCUGACAAUGUAUAGACUAAUACACAAAGACAGUCCCCAUCCAGAUGUUGCUAGAUCACUUAACAACAUAGGUGUUGUGUAUAAUAACAUGGGAGAUCUGACUAAAGCACUUGAAUAUCAUCAACAAAGUCUGACAAUGUAUAGACUAAUACACAAAGACAGUCCCCACCCAGAUGUUGCUACAUCACUUAACAACAUAGGUGUUGUGUAUAAUAACAUGGGAGAUCUGACUAAAGCACUUGAAUAUCAUCAAGAAAGUCUGACAAUGAGAAGACAAAUACACAAAGACAAUCCUCACCCAAGUGUUGCUACAGUAUUACGAAACAUAGGUAUCAUACAUGAGAACAUGAAGGAGCAUACAGAAGCACUGACUUAUUACUUUGAAGCUCUAAGCAUUGCUCAUCAGUAUGGAGGAGAUUCACACCCUGAUUACAUAGAAGCAUUAGAAAUGAUUGAUGAUUGUACAGAAUAAAUCCUGUGUUCCUGCACUCUAACACAAAACUGAACCAUUGAUAUUUAAACUUGUUGCUGAGACUCAUACCUAACACCAGAAAAGUGUAAUGUAAUGUUUUGGAGUGAUAUACCUAUUGUUCUAUUGACUAAAAAAACAAUAAUCACACACAA